AUGGACCCCCAAGACGAGACCUUCUGGCCCAACAUCCGGCGCUACCUCUCGCUCCCCGCCGCCCAGCAGUUUGCCGCCACCAAACCCAACCCGGUAUGCUCCAUCUGCCUUGCCAACCCGCUAAAAUGCUACCCCCUCAAUAACCACGGCGCCAACGCCACCCAAGAUUCGGACGGCAACGACCUCGAGCGCAUGGCCAUCCUCUGGUGCGGCCACGUGGUGGGGUAUAACUGCCUGACCGACUACAUGGGCAGCUGCUACGCCAAUUACUUCAAAUCCUACGAGGAUCAAGACCUGCCGCGCUGCCCGCAAUGUCGCGAGUCCUUGACCAAGGAUUGCGAGAAGCCUUAUGUAGAGGGUGACCACGACCAGGAGCGGUUCCAGUUCGUGAUCCCCUUUGUCAUUGCGCCCGCCGGUCCGCCCGUACCCGGCGGGCCCUCGGACAACGGGGAGAACUUUGACGAGUCCAAUCCGGUGCAUUUCAACAUUAUUGAUGAGGGCAUGCUGGAGGCGAUUGCGUUUAGCUAUAAUAAAUGGCAAGAUAUCCCGUUGACCAAGGGCGAGGGCGGCCUGUUGCCGGCGAGCUGUAGGUGUUGUGAUCCGGAGCUGUACCGGGCUGCUUAUCUUCAGUAUAGAGCGCAGCAGCAACAGCAACAGCAGCCGAUGAAGAUGGUGAUGAAUAACACGCUUUAUGCAACAAAGGGAGCGCCCCGUCUUGUGCAGGCUCCGUCUGUCUUCCAAUCGCCUCCCAAUAGACCCUCACACAAUAUCUGGAAGCUGGGGUUCUGCGUGGUGGCGCGGAUUCCGAUGGAGGAUGGAACGUGGGAACAGAGGAGAAUCCGUGUGGGGGGUAGAACAAUGUAUAAUGUAACCUUGUUGGACGGGACUUCGGUGGAAAUCCCGUUGGAGCCGCGCUGUUUGGGGCCGAGUUCGUGGGGACCGAUGCGGUUCGGACGACAUCCGGGUGUGCCAUUUCAGUGA